GUUUCCUUACGGACCCUUUUCUGAACUGCACUCGCAUUUCAUGUGUUGUGUGGUGAGAGUUUGGAAAAUAAUCCGUUUAUUUUGUAUAAUUAUCUAUCUUGACAUAUUCCUGUGACAUACACAGAAACACCCCUGCGGUAUGUCCGGUGAUCCCAGCCGGUCCUCGGCGGAGGUAGAUCUGGGUUUCCUGGAGGAGGCGGAGCCGUGGCGGCUUCUCUCCCCGCAGUUCCCCAGUAAAGUCGGUGGGAAACCGGCGUGGCUCAGCCAGACAGGCCUGCCCACAGUGCCCGAGCUGGAGUGUGACAUAUGCCGCCUGCCUCUGGCCUUCCUGCUGCAGGUGUAUGCACCAAUUUCUGGUCAGGACAGAAGUUUCCACAGAACACUCUUUGUGUUCUGCUGUAAAACUCGUGAGUGCUACACAUGCAACGAUAGCCGCUGUGUGAAAGUUUUCAGUUGCCAGCUGCCGAGGAGGAAUGAGUUCUACCCCUACGAUCCUCCAGAGGAUAAACCCUCCAGCGAUUGUGAACCGGACCAGAGUGUGUUGCCUGUCUCUGGAAUUAAACUAUGCUGGGUGUGUGGUUGUCCCGGCAACAAAGCCUGUUCCCGCUGUCACACUGUAAGCUACUGUGGAAAACACCACCAGACCCUCCACUGGAAACACACACACAAGAGGGAGUGUUGCACUCAAGAAGCGUCCAUUGUCACAACUUCAACCUUCCUCUUCCCUGAGUCUGAGCUGGUCACUGAACUUGAGGAGAAGGAAGACACAAAGAAGGAUGUAGAAGAGAAAGGGAGUGAAGAGUGUCCCUCCUUAGCAGACACUCUGGCAGAGACGGACCUGGAGGAUAUGGCUAUGCAUGAGACUGAAGACAACAAAGUGUUCCAGCGGUUUAAAAAGAGGAUCGCACCAGAACCACACCAGGUGGUGCGUUACAGUCGAGGGGGCUCCCCCUUGUGGGUCUCUUUUCAGCAGAUCCCUUGCGAUCAGGAUAUCCCAGCAUGCACCUGUGGCGCCAAAAGGACUUUUGAGUUUCAGGUGAUGCCGCAGCUGUUAAACAGUCUGUGUGUGGACUCGACUGCAGCCAGUAUCGACUGGGGGACACUGGCUGUCUAUACGUGCUCUGCCAGCUGUAACCAUGACGACCAAUACCGCCCCGAGUUCAUCUGGAAACAGGACUUCAGCUCAGAUCACACGCAGAUGAAGCCCACAUAAGAUCUUCCUGCUGCUGGACAGAGUUCAGGGUGCAUGUGAAAGAGCAGCAGUGAAGAAACUGUUUUUCAUUCGUCGUGAUGUUGCUCCCCAUUUAGUAGAAUGGACAUCUGCUGCUGCUCGUCUAACUGAUGACACACAGAUCAAAUUAAAAUCAGUGUCAUUAAGCUGGCCGAGAGAGGAAUCUUUCUAAGACUGUCGAGGACAAUAAAGAUGUUUUUGGAGUGCAAAAAUUCACCAUCUAUAUUAAUUCUAUUAGAAGUUUAGACAGGAUUUAUAGUUCUGGUUUCUUAACACUUCCAAAUAUUUCCUAUUAUACUUUAAAAUUCUUUCUGCUAAGAACAAGGUUUCUGGUGGUAUGUCUGACCUAAGUGGUUUGUGGGUUAUGUGCUACAUACCAUACCAUACAGUAAGCCUAUUGAAGCAAAUAGUCAGAAAGACAAACAUAAUAACAAGCAUUCAUCUGCUUAUUAACAUUUUUCUGUUUGUUCGAGACAAACAAUUUAAAUAUUAGCAAAAUACUACUUGUCAAUUCUAUCAUAACAUUGGUCACAAUAGAUAACGUUUCCAGUAAUAAAAGCUCUAUAAAUGUCA